AGCUCGCAUAUUAAGAAACGCAACCGGGGGGAAAAAGAUUAAAAGUAAAUUAUGUAUUUUUUAGUUCGUAUGUUGUUGCACAGCCCGCGUGAAAAAUGAUUGCUGUAAAUAGCGAGUGUAUAACUAUGAUGAGAAGAUGCCUGAUGACGUUCAAACCGUUCAGGAUAUUUGUGGCGGGAAUCGGUUUCUUCAGUCUGUGCUUCUUAAUGACCUCUCUGGGGGGGCAGUUCUCGGCCAAGCGACUGGGCGAUUCCCCAUUCAGCAUCCGAACCGAAGUGAUGGGCGGUCUCGAGUCUCGUGGGGUCCUGAGAAAGAUCAGCGAUAUGUUGGAGAUAAUCAUGAAGAGGAUCGACACGUUGUCGAAAAUGAGCAACAACAGCGAGUCCCACAAACUGGAGGAGCUGAGCUCCGCUCUCCACAGAUUCCAGCCGGUAGGUCUGGUGGAGCGAAUCCAGGCCAUCGCCCAGAACGUGUCUGACAUGGCUAUACGAAUGGAGCAGAUUCUCAAGAAGACUAACAUCCCAGGCAGAGGCCGAGAUGGAGUUAUGGGCCAGUGCGAAGUCCCGAAGGAUCCCGGGUACCCGGAUUGCGCCAGUAAAGUGGAUUGGAUGAGAGCCAGGUGGACAUCAGACCCUUGCUACACCUUUUAUGGAGUAGACGGCUCCGACUGCUCUUUCCUCAUCUACCUUAGUGAAGUCGAGUGGUUCUGCCCCCCGCUGGCCGGGAGGAAUCAAAGCAGCCACCCCACAACCAGCAGCCUCCCAAAAAGACAGGCAUUUUUCCGCUCCGACCUGUCUCUACUGUUGGAACGAGUCGGCUCAGGCAAAGAAUCCUUAAGCUUCAUGAGGCGGCGUAUGCGCAGACUGUCUGCACAGUGGGCUGUAGCUGCACGAAGACUCGAGGAGCGCCUGCGCGGUCAGUACAGAGAGCAGAAGAGGAUCCUGGUGCAUGUGGGCUUUCUGACCGAGGAAUCCGGUGAUGUGUUCAGUCCAAAGGUGCUGAAAGGUGGGCCACUUGGAGAGAUGGUCCAAUGGGCAGACAUCCUCACCACCCUUCAUGUGCUGGGACAUAACCUGAAGAUUUCACUCUCAGUCAAAGAGCUGCAGGGGUCACUUGGCGUGCCUCCAGGAAGAGGAAGCUGUCCUCUGAUUGGCCCGUUGUCCUUUGACCUUAUCUAUACAGACUACCACGGCCUGCAGCAGAUGAAGCAGCACAUGGGCCUUUCCUUUAGACAGCACAGGUGCCACAUCCGUGUGAUCGACACCUUCGGCACGGAGCCGGCGUAUAAUAAUGAGGAGUACGCCACACUGCAUGGCUACAGGACCAACUGGGGAUACUGGAACCUGAACGGCAAGCAGUACAUGACCAUGUUCCCACACACUCCUGAUAACUCCUUCAUGGGUUUUGUGACCGAGGAACUAAACCAGACUGAAAGAUUCCACAUCCAGAGAGACAAAGUCAACAACAUGGCUGUGGUUUACGGCAAAGAAGCCAGUAUGUGGAAGGGUAAGGAGAAGUUGCUGACCAUCUUACACCGUUACAUGGACAUCCAUGGGACAGUGUACUAUGAGGCACAGCGUCCCCCAGAGGUGCCAGCAUUCGUCAGGAACCACGGCUUACUGCCCCAACAGGAGUUACAGCAGCUUCUGAGAAAGGCUAAGCUCUUCCUGGGAUUUGGCUUUCCGUAUGAAGGCCCCGCCCCUUUAGAGGCCAUAGCCAAUGGAUGCAUAUUUCUGCAGCCAAAGUUCGACCCCCCUCGCAGCUCCCUCAAUCAUGAGUUCUUCAGAGGCAAGCCCACUUCCAGAGAGGUGUCAUCUCAGCAUCCGUACACUGAACAGUACAUCGGCAAACCCCAUGUCAGAACAGUAGACUUCAACAACUCUCAAGAGUUUGAGACAGCUGUUGUAGACAUACUCAAAGACAAGGUGGGACCCUUUAUACCAUAUGAGUACACUUGUGAAGGCAUGCUGGAGAGAGUGAACGCUUACAUUCAACAUCAGGAUUUUUGUCACCGCAGCGUUCCAUUCCCUAAAGUCAAUGAAUCCAGAUCGUGGCCUGGGAAUCCACCCAGUCCUUUCCUCCAGCUGCCCAACUCCACAGCUUUGAUCUGGGCACCCAACAUCACUGCCCCGGCCUGCUGGCCCCCCCUCAGCGCCCUCCGGCUCGUCCUGUCUCCAGAGGCCUCGUCCUGUGUGAAAACCUGCCAGGACGCCGGUCUAAUCUGCGAGCCAGCUUUCUUUCCUUUCAUCAACAAUAUGGAGGCCUUCAAUGGGCUUAAUGCUCAGUGUGAGUCUUUGGAAGCGGAGAAGAACCAUGUGUUUCCAGCCGUACAGGUGGACAGGAGAGAGUGUUUCCAGCAAAAGGAGCCGCUGCUGUUCAGUUGCGCUGGAGUCAGUGCCAAACACCAGCGGAUUUGCCCUUGCAGAGACUACCUCCACGGCCAGGUGGCGCUGUGCAGGGACUGCCUUUGAGCUUUCACCAUAGACCUUUAAAGAAGUCUGUGGUAAACUGAGGCCAGUCCAGGGCAGUCGAACAUGUCAGAAUCCCCAGAUCGCUGGUAUCAACAGGUUCAUGGGAAUCGCUGGACUGAGGUCAUUGACGUCAAGCUUGAAGAUACGUCCGAAGAAGGGUCGUCACUCUUGGUUACUUUGAUCCAAAGCAAAACUUUGCCUCCGGAUGGGCUAUUGAUGGUAAGCGAGAUGGAAACCCUGAUGUUCACCAUCUUUGGAGUCGAUCUGAAAGAGUUCGGCUGGUGGCGGCUUCAAGGUUGGACAGCGUGAGCCCGAAAAUAAAUGCAAAAUACAGUUUUGAGUAUGUGGCUGCUAUGUGAUGCAAGCACGACUCUAGUAGCUGAAGUUUUAUGAAUGCUGAAAGUGCCAGAAUUGCACAUGAAUUUUAAAGUCAACAUGAAACAUUAUAGAGUGCUGCAGGGUUGACAUAUUUUUGUAGGCCAAAACUGGGAAAUGAGUUAGCAUUUGAUCACUUCUGGCUGGAUCGUCUUAAACUCAAUGGCU